GUAGACUCUAUUCUUCCCCUCCCUUGCUGAUCAUCUCUCCACAAUCUAAUAAUUCCCAAUUCCCACUUGAGACCAUUCAUCACAUCAAACACGUUGUAUAAGAACCCAUAUCAUUUCGGUCGAUAUCCAAGUCCGAUCACAUAACUCUUUUUACCCAAUAAUAUAAUAACCGCAACUCGUCCAUUUGAAUGCGGAACCACUCGACCUUUUUGCCGCCGAAAAGACAUAUCCGUCCUUUUCCUCCAAAACAUUAUACACCGCUAUAGGUUAUAGCUUUCUACUUCUGACCGUGGAGCCGAGGAUCCGACACGGUCAAAGGGAGUUUGACUCCCUUCUCUCACCCCCCUUGAGGUCGCGCCCACAACCCCGCGUCAAUAGGUAAUGGUCUAGAACUUGGAUCCUUUGUCACCUUCGCCGAACAGUCACGACCGAGCUCCUUGAACAUACGAGUGACCACAAGCACCCCUUGCACCUUUACCACACGCGUUUGUACUUUCUCUCACGACUUGAAUCUCAUAAAAGAGAUAUUAUAAUCAUCGCAUAUUCCGUGGGGUAAUCUGUACUGGAUCUUUACGACGACUUGACGACAAACCACAAGGACAAUCUGUUUGUGUUGUCUCAAGCUCCACUUCGGUGUCUGAGUGACGAAAAUUACCCCAGACCUACUCAUCAUCAAAUCAAUCAUCACGUCACACCGGCCCCCUUAUUAAGCGAGGGCGGUCUCGCCCCGGCUGUGUCUCUCCCCCACAACCCUUGAUCCCUUUACCCCAUCUUCACCCCACAACAAGUUAUUGACACUUACCCCCAUCAUGUCGACUGUUUUCAUCUCUCCUCCCUCUUCACCUGCCCCGACAUCAGCACCACUCCUCACUCGCCCAGUCCAAUCUGUCAGCAUCUUCGACGACGACAUGAGUUUUCACUCUUAUUGCAUUGUUUGCGACAAGAUCAUCGUUCCUAUAAAGGAAAAGGAAGGGAGUCCAGGGGCCAACGGAGCUGCAAAGAAGAAGAAAAAGGCUCAGGGGACCAUUCGAAUUAGAAAUCCCGAUGGUACGACGACGACGCGAACUGCAAAUGGGCAGAAAGUAACACGUCCCGUUUUGAAACGUAACCAGACUUCGCAAGGUCGACUGGCUGCUGUUGCAGCCAACAACAGCGCUGCCAAGUUACAAAAUCCCCUUCCUCGUACAAAGACAUCCGACAGUCUCGCCUCCAACAAAUACGAGUCACGAUCAUGUCCACCCACUCCAGCAAAAGAACCUCCCUUCAGAUCUUCCAUCUACUGCUGCAGAGAAUGUGCCGCAGCAGAUGCUGGUCGACAGGAUGCCAAAUUCGACCAAUUGGCUCGUAAUCUUUCGUACGACUUUGGCUCUCCAAUAGGUUCCACUUUCGGUUUUACUCCCGACCCAAUACACACACACAUUGUCACUGAUCAUGUCAACCUCGGUCCACCGUCACCGCUCUGUGUUAGCGGUAGCGAUACUGAGUCAUCCGACCGAUCCAACCCCGAAGCCAUCGCCGCGUCAUCCGCCCCCACUGCCCCAGAGUACUUUCGAAUACCAAGGCAAACACCGGAAGAAGCUUGGAUGGAGAAUCAGCGUCAGCGUCGAGGAUCAAUGCAUAAUUCGACCUACCGGUUAUAUGCCAUGACGAGACAACAGAGUCAUCAAAGUCAUUACAC